GUGCCGGGGGAAGCCCCGGGAGCCGCGCCCCGCGCACGGGCUGGCGGAGCCCGAGGCAGAGCGAUGCGCGCUGCGGGGCGGACGCCGGCAGCCCCCGGGGCGCAGGAAGAUGUGGGCGCUGCGGGCCGCCGGGGUGUUCUGGCUGCUGGUGGCCGCCGCGGCGGGGCCCUGCCCGCGGCCAGCCCUCCCGCCUGACACGGUGCUGAGCACCGUGGGAGCAAACGUCACCCUGCCCUGCCUGCAGCGGCAGCCGGAGCCAAAUGGCACCGUCAGCUGGAAGCUGGAGAACCAGGCUGGGAGUUCGGAGCGCGCGGUGCUGGGCGCCAGCCUGCUGCUGCGCCGGGUGCAGUACGACGACUCGGGCAGAUACAGCUGCUAUGUGGGCAGCUGCCUGGUGCGCUCGCUGCGGCUGCUGGUGGAAGAGCCCCCAGAGCCGCCCGGCUUCUCCUGCUACCGGAGGAGCCACGUCAAGGACAUCCUGUGCGAGUGGCAGCCGCAGCGGAGGCCGUCGCCCCGGACCAGGGCUGUGCUGUGGGUGAAGAGGUGGCUCACGGGGGAGAACGCCACGGAGCAGCGCUGCCGCUACUUCCCCAAGGUGGAGAAAUUCACGUGCAGGGUCACGGUGCCGCCCAGCGAGGACGACACCUUCCUGCUGGUGUCCAUGUGCAUCAGCAACGGGGCGGGGAGUGCGGUCAGCAAGGACCAGGUCAUCUCGGCCAACCGUGUCUUAAAGCCGGACCCCCCAGUGAAUGUGCUGGUGGACCCGGUGGAGAGCGCACCCCAGAAACUGCGUGUGAACUGGACGUAUCCGCCCUCCUGGGACCCUAGGUUCUACCGGCUGCACUUCCAGGUCCGGUACCGGGCUGAGCGCUCCCAGAGCUACAUGGAGAUCGGUGAGCUAAGAGAGACGUCCCUGGUGAUCCAUGAUGCCUGGCACGGUGCACGGCACAGGGUGCAGGUGCGGGGGCUGGAGGAGUUUGGCCACGGCUCGUGGAGCGAGUGGAGCCAGGAGGCUGUGGGCACCCCGUGGACAGAUCCCAACGGCCUCGAGUGGCAGACAGGAUCCUACAGCUCGCAGUUCCCCUCGGAUUAUGAUUUCUACAGCGACGCGUUCACGGGCCCCCCCGGGCUCUAUGGCACAGAGGGCGUGAAUGUGGGGGGUCUUGGUGUCGGCGACCACUCCACCGUGCCCCUGUACACGUUCCUGGUCACUGGAGGGAGCCUGUUCCUGGGCACCGGCCUGCUCGCUGGCAUCGUGCUCAGGUACAAGAAGAAAUGGAGGAGGGGCUCCCUGGGCCAGGGCAAGGCCAGCGCUGUGGUCCAGCACCCCUUGGUGCCGCUGGCUCCUCCGAGCCCCACGUCCCCGCUGAGUGAGGCCCCGCUCCUCUCCCCUCCGGCGUCGCCAGGCGCCCCUGGCAGCGGGGACUUCGGCCCCUUCGACGUCACCAACAUGGAUUACCUCCUCGUCCCCCAGUAGCCGGGGAACCAGCCUCGCCAGCCUGCGACGCAGCGACCACCCCAUCAGGCGCCAAGGCAGGGGCCCGACCUUGUGGAUUGGCUAUAAAUAGCCCGGCCCUUAACAAUAGCUCCCUCUGCCCCCGUGGGCUGGAGCCGGUGCCGGGCAGCUCCGGGCUCCCAGCAGCCGUGGUUCCCGGGACUCUGCUGGAAGGAGUCAACCUCUCUGUCCUUCCUGGGAGACGGACCCGCGCCCGCUGGCACCUCUCCCACGGUCUCCCCCAAGCAGCCGGAGCCAGCGUUUCCCGGCAUGCCUCGUGGCGGGGUUUGGACAGUGUUUGGCGGUGGGUGGGUCCGGCGCCCUCGUGACGCAGCGUGGAGGGCGUCCGAUGGGCCCACUUCCCGUGGAGGGUGGCAAGGGCUGGCGGGGCCCCAGUUCCGGGAGAGGGGCAUUAACCGGUAGAGCCGGGCAUUCAGGGCACUGCCCCUCGGCCAGGCGCUCGCCAGGGGAAGUCAGCUGCAGGGCUGGGGUGAGGACCAGCAGCACCCCGGGCUCCAGUCCGAGCCAGCUGCAGCCGCCCCGUCCGAGGGGGCAGGGGCACCCGAGGGCCCCCAAGCUGUGGGAUGACUCAGGGCCUGCCACCGGGCAGCUAGAGAUGCAGCUCCAGCCCACUGCCCCCC